GCAAUUGUACUUUGUUUUCGAUUGCACUUCACAAAAGAUAAUAUCACAAAUAACACUGCGGCAGCUACAGUGCGGCAGGUAGUUACUGUUGUAUUUGAGAGAGUGGUUGCUGAAGAUGAACGAUACAAAGAUACUAUUGACCAGCCAGUUGCAGUUCAAGGAAACAGUAACAGAAGAUCUGUCAGUACACUGAAGCCAUGUGCUAAAGAUGCAUAUAUGCUCUUUCAGGAUCUUUGUCAGUUAGUUAAUGCCGAUGCCCCCUACUGGCUCGUGGGUAUGACGGAAAUGACCCGGACGUUUGGCCUUGAACUUCUUGAGUCAGUCCUCAAUGACUUUCCGCAAGUGUUUUUACAACAUCAGGAAUUCAGUUUUCUUCUGAAAGAAAGGGUAUGCCCUCUUGUUAUAAAGCUCUUCUCCCCAAAUAUCAAAUUCAGGCAAGGUUCCAGCACGUCAUCUUCACCAGCACCAGUGGAAAAACCAUACUUCCCCAUCUGUAUGCGUUUGCUGAGAGUAGUUUCUGUUUUGAUUAAGCAGUUUUACAGUUUGCUGGUAACAGAAUGUGAAAUCUUUCUGUCAUUGCUGGUUAAGUUUCUGGACGCAGACAAACCACAGUGGCUAAGAGCUGUUGCAGUAGAAUCUAUUCACAGGCUCUGUGUGCAGCCUCAGCUAUUAAGGUCCUUUUGUCAAUCAUAUGAUAUGAAGCAACAUUCCACUAAAGUUUUCCGUGAUAUUGUGAAUGCACUGGGGUCCUUCAUCCAGUCACUAUUUCUUGUACCAAGCACAGGGAACACAUCAGCGACCCCAAACCAAACUGGAAGCAAUGCAUCGGGGAAUACUGGCUCAGCACAAACUAACCCGGGAGUGCUUGGAAUGGGAGGAGGUGCAACUGUGUUACCUGCCUUUGAGUACAGAGGCACUUGGAUACCUAUCCUGAAUGUAACAGUACAAGGCAGUGCUAAAGCUACCUAUUUGGAAAUGCUGGAUAAAGUAGAGCCACCUACGAUUCCUGAAGGCUAUGCCAUGUCGGUGGCAUUUCACUGUUUACUGGAUCUUGUCCGUGGUAUCACUACCAUGAUUGAAGGAGAGCUGGGAGAGGCAGAAACAGUCGGUCAAGCCACAACAGAGGCAACUUCAUUACCAGCACAGUCUUCAGAGCAGCAAGACUUGCAGUCUGUGUCUGACCAGUCGGAGAAAGAACUAG